AUGCAGACACCAGCGGAGUCCAUCCUCCACAGUGGCUAUUUCCACCCAACACUCCGAUACUGGCAGACCUGCGCUGCCGAUUUAAGACCUGACAACCUCAUCUACCCCAUCUUCAUCACAGACAGUGCAGAUGCUGUGGAGCCCAUUGGCAGCCUGCCGGAACAGGCCAGAUACGGGGUGAACAAAGUGGAGGGGAUGUUGCGGCCACUUGUGGAGAACGGCUUGAAAUGUGUGCUGCUUUUUGGUGUCCCUGCAAAUAUAGAAAAGGACGAAAGGGCUUCGGGUGCCGACUCAGACGACACGCCGGCUAUACUGGCGGUGAAGAAGAUCAGAUCUUUGUUCCCGGAGCUGCUGGUGGCGUGCGACGUCUGCUUGUGUCCCUACACAUCACAUGGACACUGCGGUAUCCUGAACGAUGACGGUACUCUGAACAAUGACGCCAGCUGUCUGCGCUUGGCGGAAGUGUCUCUUGCUUACGCCCGAGCUGGCUGUCACAUCAUCGCUCCCUCUGAUAUGAUGGAUGGAAGAGUGAGAGCCAUAAAACAGGCCCUGAUAUCCAAUGGUUUGGGAAACAAGGCGUCAGUGAUGAGCUACAGUGCAAAGUUUGCCUCUUGUUAUUAUGGUCCCUUCAGAGAUGCUGCGCAGUCCAAACCUGCGUUUGGGGACCGACGCUGCUACCAGCUGCCUCCUGGAGCGAGAGGACUCGCCCUCCGAGCUGUGGAGCGAGAUGUGAGAGAAGGAGCUGAUAUGCUGAUGGUGAAACCAGGUCUGCCCUAUCUGGACAUCGUGAGAGAAGUCAAGGACAAGUUCUCCACUCACCCCCUGGCUGUGUACAGCGUGUCGGGGGAGUUUGCCAUGAUUUGGCAUGGAGCGCAGGCCGGAGCGUUCGACCUGCGGACUGCUGUGAUGGAGGCCAUGACCGCCUUCCGCAGGGCAGGUGCUGACAUCAUCAUCACCUAUUACACACCUCAGCUGCUCAGCUGGCUGAAGGAGUGAAGAACCAAAGGCUGGGCGGACAUAGAGACGGACCAACAGACAGACUCCUUUUAAAAAGAACAAACCUGCAGUUGACUCAAUCAUGCUAACAAAGAACGCUAAGGGAAAUAAAAUGAAUGAAAACAGGCAACCUGUGAAUUUUUAGGCCUUUUUAUUUGACUUUUUCUGUUCACGUUUUGAGAUAAUUCACAUAUCAGUAUGCACGUGUUCAUCUGUGCAGCAGAUUGAUUUGCAGCAGUGAUUAUUUUUAAAGAGUCCUGUAUCCAUGUUAUAUUUCUGUUUUAAAGCUUUUGAAGGGCUAACAUGGAGCUGAACACUUAAAAUGUAAAAAUCGACAAUCUUGUUGGUGUUUUCUAUCAGGAGAUGUCUCCUGUGUGUCAUUGGGAUCAGCAUUAAAUGAAGCCAGUCAUCUCUCUUCACUAAUGGGAUUAUGGAAUGUAUAUUUGUAUGACUCGUGGGAACACAAAUGUCUGAUAUAUAUGUUACUGAUGCCUCAACUUAAGCACUGUCAUCCCCUAACAAGCUCUUAUUGACCAGAGGGAAUAAAAUCAUUCAUUCAGAGCU